AUGAACUCGAGUUCAUAUACAAGCAACAUGUCCGUGGCUGUGGAGGGAGAUUUCUUCUCUCAGGCAUGGACUUUCCUCGUGUCCGCCCGCCUCGAGCUGACCCUGUUCCUGGCAGCUCUACUGGCUCAUUUCUUGCUGUUUGGCAACUCCACUCCCCAGAAGACGAAGCACAAAAGCGGCAAGGAGGCUUUCCCGACCACAGCGCAGCAAUUUGCCUCCGCCAAGGACGUUGAGUCUGCAUUGGCAGAAGCCGCUCGUGGCAAUCAACCGAAGCAGGUUCUGACUUGCUGGGCUGCCAUGAAGAAGUUCAAUGACUAUUCGAUUGCCGUGCCGCUGGCAAGCGUCGUGGAAGCUAUGCAGAAGUGCAAGAAGGAUGGAGAUUACAUUUUAAGAGAGGUGUGCAACUUCCUGAACCGUAAAGGAGGUUCAAGCAGCAGCACGCUGAUCAAUGACUUGCUGGAAUCACUGGCUAAGCGUCACGAUUCUGACUUCGUCGAGCGGCUCCUUGUCUCGCUGCCCUCGACAGGCUUUGUGUUGGACAGCCGCAGCUACGAGAUCCUCGUAAACAUGCACUUCACGAUGCGCAACUUCGAGAUGGUGGAUCUGCUGGUCGCGCAGGCCAAGGCCGCCAAGGUCCCUCUGACCACGCGCGCCUCCAUCGUGCUGAUCAAGACGGCGCUGAAGACACAGAACUUCAAGGAUGCCUUGAGCACCUUCCGCGAGCUCAAGUCCCUUUGGACAGGCCCUGCUGCGGCGGGACCCUCCACCGCCCCACGUCAGAUCGUUGGCCACCUCGUCGACAUGGCUUGCAAGGAGCAUGAGCUGAAGCUGUUUCUCCCCGAGCUUGCGACAGUGCCUUUGUCGGAGGAUGCCAUUCAAGCUAUGGUCACAGAAGCCGUGCGAGAGAAGGAUCCAGAGCUCCUGCAGCAGGUUGAAUCUCUUGCGCGCGAGAAGGACAUCGCAUUUUCCGAGUCGACCUACGGCCUGCUGAUGAAGGGAUACAGAGAUCACGACGACAAAGUCGAGAAGCUUUUCCAAGAGGCCGUCGCCAAGAAGCCAGAUGCAGGACCCGAGUUGUGCUUGGCACUGUUGGCAUGCUGCCAGCAGUCGCGAAAUUUUGCUCUCGCGGACCAAGCGUACAAGCACUUCUCUGAGAGCAUGCCGUGA